AUGAAGUUGCAUAUUAAGGGCACGUCCAAGAUUAAGAAAUACACCGGCGGAUCGCAACGUUCGCUGUCGACCCGUGAGCUGAAAAGUGAUCGCGAUAUACUGAAGAACCACCAAAACGACAAGGAAUCAAGUUUACAAGACCUAGUGGAUAAUUUGGAUAGCAUAUAUAAAUCUUACACAGAUGAUCAUGCUAGGAGUGCUGAUUCUCUAGUCCCUCUCGAACUCACGGGCCCUCGGAGAGUUUACCGAACAGGUACAAGUUCACAAGGAUCACUCGCAUCUUUGCAACUGGGCGACGCUGGUUCGUUAGCUUAUGACUACAAUUUAAAAGACAAGUUUGAGGGGGAAAGAGACAAUAGCGAUGGGGGACCUGAAGUGGUUUCUCUCGAUGACGUCACAAGAAGUCCUGACAACUCUAGCUCAGAUUUUGACUUUACAACUCAUCAUCAUGCUGGGGUUAACACAAACUCAUCUUUGAAUGUACUAUUAGAUACGCCAACAGUUGAGGCAGAUUACAAUGAUCUAACGAAAUCUGUUCCCAGCUUACCUAAUACUUUAUUUGAAAGGAAAGGGGGCAAGUAUACUGCGAGCCACCAUUCUAACGACGAACUAGACUAUAGCGAGAAAGAUGCCGAGAAAGAAAGUCACAUAGGCGCAAAUGGGGACGAGAGAGAGAAUGGCGAAGAAGAGGACUGGAAUGAGAAAGGCGCUGCGGUUCGUCAGGUUCCUGGUGAGGGUCCUGGUUAUAGAAUUAUCAAGAGAACUGUUCAAGAUUUCACAUUUGGAAAAACUCUCGGUGAUGGGUCAUACUCUACUGUCGUCUUGGCUACAGACAAGCACACGGGAAGGCAAUAUGCCGUCAAAAUCCUUGAUAAGAGACACAUUAUUAAAGAAAAGAAAGUGAAAUAUGUUAACAUUGAGAAACAUGCCUUGAAUCGAUUGAGCAAUAGACCUGGAAUUAUUUCUCUCUAUUUCACAUUUCAAGACAAAGCAUCUUUGUACUUUGUUCUUGACUAUGCUUCGAAUGGUGAGUUGUUGUCCCUAAUUAAGAAGCACGGAACACUCAACGAAGACUCAACGAGGUAUUUUGGCUCUCAAAUCUUAGAUGCAAUUAAGUACAUGCAUGAUAAUGGUGUGAUUCAUAGAGAUAUUAAGCCUGAGAAUAUUUUACUUGAUAAUAAACUAAGAAUUCAAAUCACUGAUUUUGGAACAGCAAGAUUAUUAGAAAAAAAGAACGACGAAAGUCAAGAGUAUCCUGUUGAUGUUAGAGCUAAAUCCUUUGUUGGAACCGCUGAAUAUGUUUCCCCUGAAUUGCUAGAAAGUAAAUAUUGUGGUAAACCGGGUGACAUUUGGGCUUUUGGUUGUAUUUUAUAUCAAAUGAUCGCGGGCAAACCCCCAUUCAAAGCAGCCAAUGAAUACAUAACGUUUCAAAAAAUUACUAAAUUACAGUAUGCGUUUAGUGCCGGAUUUCCAAUGGUUCUUAGAGAUUUAAUUAAGCAAAUUUUAGUGUUGCAACCAUCCAAAAGGGCCACGAUUUCUGCAAUUCAGAAUCAUUAUUUUUUUCAAUCCGUUGACUUCAGCAACUCAGAUGCUGUUUGGUCAACUGAUCCCCCAGCAAUAGGACCGUAUAAAAUGAAUGCUAAAUCAAUGAUGAAGAUUCCAGAAUUAGCGAAGACACAAUCGCUGAAUCAUAUUCUGAAAAAGAUUUCAAAAGGAAAUAGCUCAAACGAUAUUAUUUCGAAGCCAAAAGAGAACGAGAGCUCAAGUAGUUUUAAACAUUUAAAUCCAGCUAGUGCGGCUGCUUUUGUUCUUGGAAAAAAUGGAUCAACUGAUGAUGAUUCUGACGACCAUAAGAGCAGCUUCAAAAGGACGACCUCGGAUAGCACCCCAAACAACUCGAAGAAUUCAGCUCCUGACUAUAUUCCUGGAACCAAUAUUCUUAGACCGAAGAUUAAUAAUUUGCCAACAUACUCGAGAAACUAUACAACUCCAAAGAAAGCUCAGAAAAAGCCUAAAUCCAAGAUUUUAUCAGUUGCUCCAUUGAGUGCAGUUGAGGUAGCAUGGUCCCAAUAUUUGACUCAUCCAGAUGAGAGAGUAUUGAAGAUUGGGCCAGUUCUCGCACAGAAACAAGAAACGUCAACAUUUGAGAAAAAAAAUAAAGGCUUACUACGUGAUUCACCUUUGGGUUAUAAUAGUAAGUCGAAUUCUUCAAGGUCAAGUUCGAGUUUUUUAUCCCAAGUUGUCAAUGGAUCGAGCCAAGGAUUGAGAGAUCCUAAUGUUGUUCAGGAUUCGAAAGGUGAAGACAACGAGUCUGAGGCUUUCAUAGAUUAUUUUGAAAUAGAGGACCUUACGGAGGCACCAACGAGCACAGGACUGCAGGAUGGCUCAGAGAAUAAUGGUAGCUCAAGACUGACUAAAUCUAUCUUCAAGAAGUUGUUAUCUCAUGGAGAUAAAAGCAGUAAAGAAUCGACUCCAGAGGAAGGAACAACAAGCAGUAGCAGUAAAAGUCGCAAUGGAGUCGCUGCUUCCAAUGCUAGUGGUGCUAACAAUCGCCAGCACCCGUUACUGAAGUCAAGAGCCUGUACGAUGGUAAUCACGACUCACGGUAGAGCACUACUCUUCUUGAGGAACGAUUCAGAAGCGAAUUAUCGUCUUGUCAGCGAAAUAAGGUUAAAUUUUCCCUUCGUUCAGUUUAAAGAAGUCAUUGGAUCGCCGAGCAAAUAUCAAAGGUUGUUACCUACAACAGGAACCUUCUCGAUCAUGUCAACGGAAAAUACGUUUAUCUUUGAGGUUGAAAAACACGAAGUAGGAACAUGGACUGAAAUGUUAGCAAAAUCUAAAAUGAACCAAUAUGAGAGAGAAAAAAUAGGCACCUCCAGAUCAAGCAGGUCUACAUCUGACCUGGUGUCUGCGAGCACGUCUCCAACUCUCCAGGGAUCACCAUCAUUUGCCAACCCAAGAAAUGUAUCGGCAGGAGAAAGUUCAGAAAUUAACCGCUCCAAUAAUAAGAGCCCAUCGCAGCCUACUUCAGCUAAAGGCCAAAGUGCGCCCUCUUUUGAUUCUAGAUCACCUCAAGUCCAAGGGCAUCCUAGUCACCUCAUGAGUGGGAAGGUCAAGAGAACAGGCAAAAGGAAACCACCCCCGCCGAUUCCAGUGUCCUCUGGACUUGACAUGUCUACAGGGUUAGCUCCGUCUUCACCAGAUAUCGAAAAUGAUAUGCUACAUGCAGCCAAGUUAGCAGUAGCAAGUAAUUCUCACUCUCCUUACAACUACAGCAGAAGAUCCAGUUUUACAAAAGGAGAUAGACAGAGUAGGACUAAUACUUUGCCUGCAAAAGGACCGAAGCAGGCUGUCACUUCCAUGAACUCCAAAUUCUUAGCUCACAGCCAGCGCAAAAACAAGUAG